CGGUGUGACUGGAUGAAGUUCGGAGAGGCGAGAUGGACGGAUGAUUCCCGCAAGCCAACUGGGCGAUCCUUAAGUGGGUGAGUCCAGAGGAGUCAGAGCUGUGAUCUUAUUGGCUUCUGGUUGGUUGGGAGGUGGGGCGAGGCCUGCGGGGAGGAAGAAAACCUGGGAGAACUCAGGCAAGCCGGAGCUGCGCAGGAGCUGCCCGGGUUAUUGGUCCCUACGUCUGACCUCGGGUGCGCCUACGGGCGGCAAAAUGGAAGACAGUGAGGAUCCAGGAAGUCUGAUUAAAGUGAUCCACUUGCUGGUCUUGUCUGGUGCCUGGGGCAUGCAGGUGUGGGUGACCUUUGCCUCAGGGUUCCUGCUUUUUCGGAGCCUCCCGAGGCACACGUUCGGACUUGUGCAGAGCAAGCUCUUCCCAAUCUAUUUUCACGUCUCCUUGGGCUGUGCCUUCAUCAACCUCUGCAUCUUGGCACCACAGCGAGCCUGGAUUCACCUCACACUGUGGGAAGUCAGUCAGCUAAUCCUACUGCUUCUGAGCCUCACGCUGGCCACCAUCAAUGCUCGCUGGCUCGAGGCUCGAACCAAGGCCGCCAUGUGGGCCCUGCAGAGUAUAGAGAAAGAGCGAGGCCUGGGGACAGAGGUGCCGGGCAGCCUCCAGGGCCCUGACCCCUAUCGCCAGCUGCGGGAGAAGGACCCCAAGUACAGUGCUCUACGCCAGAAAUUCUUCCACUACCAUGGCCUGUCUUCCCUCUGUAACCUGGGGUGUCUGCUGAGCAAUGGGAUCUGCCUUGUGGGCCUUGCCCUGGGGCUCAGGAGCCUCUAACAUGGACCCUAUAUGUCAAUAAAUGCUUCUUUGGAGA